GGACGAGUGAGUGAGGAUCGCGAGGAAAGUGCUGCUGGGAAGAAGAGCGACCCGUCCAUUAACACUCUGGACCCUGAACGCGCUCCCACGGACCCGUAUCCACGGCCCCGGUGCGCAACCAUGCUCAUGUAUGACUACCCAGCAAACGCCAGCAUGGAGGCGUCUUUCUACCAGAGCUACCCCUCCCUGAAGUCCCAGUCAGAGGCCUACGGCAGCAUCUCCUCCCCACACCCUGGCAGCAGCAUGGUGGGCGGACGGCUUUACCAGCAGUCUCAGAGCCUCCAAGACCUCCAGGAGCUCCGGGCCAGCAUGGGCAGUCCUGGGAGUGUCAGUCACAACCAGCUGGAACCUGUGGACCUGUCACUUACUAAGAGGGGCUCCGCCUCCUCUUCCUCAUCCUCGUCCCGCAGUUCGCCGGCCUCCCCCCACCACCACCAGCGGCUGCGGGCCGGUUCGCCCCCACUCAGGCGGACGCCCCCUGCUAUGCCCCUGCAGUUUCCCACCGUGCUGGCACCGCUGCUGCAGGGUCCAGGCUCCACGCCCGGCGUGAUCCCGGUGCUGUCCAGCGUCAUGCUGCAGCCGCUAUCCGUGCUCUACCCCUCACACCUCCACCUGCCCCACCAGUCCAUCAUGGUGUCCCCUGUCCCGGGGGAGGACAUGCAGGCUCUAGCCACCCACAGACAAGCCUCACCAAUGAAGCCCUCGGAGACGUGCCACGACAGCCAUGAACUGCUGAAGCCCAUCAAAACGGAGCCACGCACAGACCCCUCCUUGGACGGCCACAGCGAGGAGGUGACGUCGUCAGUCAUCGCCGCACCUCCCGUCUACAGCGAGAGCGGUAGCCCCUCCGUGAUCGUACACUGUGGCAAACACCCGCCUCCCGCCGACUCCCCAGACACGCUGAAGAAGCGCCGUGUCCAUCGCUGCGACUUUGGUGGCUGCAACAAGGUGUACACCAAGAGCUCGCACCUCAAAGCCCAUCGCCGCACGCAUACGGGUGAGAAGCCCUACAAGUGCAUGUGGGAGGGCUGCACGUGGAAGUUUGCCCGCUCGGACGAGCUCACGCGCCACUUCCGCAAGCACACGGGCGUCAAGCCCUUCCAGUGCCCGGACUGCGAGCGCAGCUUUUCCCGCUCCGACCACCUGGCCCUGCACAAGAAGCGCCACCUGCUGGUCUGAGCCCAAAUAUGAGCCGCAUCCUGGCACGGGCCGCACCCCUACGGACCUCUGACGGUGACUCGCGUACUCAGGCCGGGGGGGGGGGCGGCGUGACACCCACUACAACCUGAACCCCGACCACGGCUGUGGGCACAGCGUGUCGGAGCUCCGCUGGCCCUCUCGUUCCCCUUGAACUCUGACCCCAGAAUCACAGUACCAGCUCAGCGUCCUUCACCUCGUACUACUUCCUCCUACCCUUCGCUCAGCUGGCCUGAGCACCACCACCACCACCCCCCACCCCGAGCCCUUUGUAAAGCCCUCGGUCACUCCUACACAAUGUGAAUGCUUCUUAGCAAGAGGCAUACAAAGAUAUUGUUAAUAUUAGUCGUUCACCUUGUUUUCAGCCUAAAUGUUUUACAUUGUUCCGUUGGAUUUUUGAGUCUUAAGGGACUUUCCUCUGAGUGGGUAUGUUGCUUUCUGGCUGGUCUCCCAAAAUAAUAGAUGAGCAAGUGGUUUUUUUUUUUUUAAUUUUUUUUUUUGUUUUUUAAAUUGCAUUCGUGCCGUACUGUGGUUACCUGUUAGUGUGAUCAGACCACAAACCCUGUGCUGGACUAAAGCUUCAUGAAGAAUCGGCUGUCACACCCAGUGUCUUUAGUGAAGGAUGAUUGGCGAUGGGCUUGGACUGGCGUUGCCUUCACCUCUUCUUUUGGCCUCAUCACACCGAGAGUUUGCUUCUCUUCAUUCCAGUGCUGAUCAGUCUUGCUGUUCUGCCAGCAGUGUGUGGGGGUGUUUUAAAUUAUUAUUUUUUUAUUUUAAUAACCUUGCAUACCCAGCACAGUCAAUAUCUUGUGAUGCUCAAGUUUGCCUGUGAGAGUUGAAUGUGUUUGGGCAUUUUUGUCAUUUACCAUGUUGAUCAGGGCAUCUCCUGGGGCCACUUGGUGCCACCUGGGGAGCUACAGAGGUGAACACACACGUUGGGAAGAGCAGCUGGAUGCCUAAGGGCCAAGGAGUUUUGUCAGUCAUGUGUUAUGGGGUGGGGCUUUUCACCACAUGGGAAGAUUCUGCUUCAUAACAGACUUGGACUCAGGUUCCAGAUUUUUUUUUUUUUUUUGGUGUAAAUUCCCCAGCUGACAUGGAGGUGUUCCUUCUGGAUUCCAGGGUUGAGAAGGACACACGACCCCAGUACAUAACUGCAGAACGGAAGAGCCAGGGAGCUUGGGAUGGUCCUUCAUAAACAACAUGUGUUUAAUUUCUCCUUAAAUGUGAACUGUGUUCAUCUGGGCAUUAUUAUUGUGGAAGAUUGCUUUUAAGGAUGGCAUCGUGGGGAGCAGUAACCUGUGUAUUUUUAAGGCUAUUUUUUCUAUUAUAUUCUGUUAAGGGAAAGUAUAAGUGCAAGAACGGGUGUUUGGUUUUGUAGCUGUCGAUUACCUACCUUCCGUCACAGGAAAGGCCCAAUUCGCAGCUCCUGCAGGUUGCCUUUUGCUCGGACAGGUUCGAGCAGACAAGUUUCUGAACCGAUCUGUCGGCGCCAUUACCAUCACUUGUGUUACAAGGAAACGCUCCUCAGUUGAGGUGGAAACGCAUAUGAGCGAAGGACGGAUGGCGCUGCGGGUAAACCAGGUCGGACCCCAAGAUCUGCUAACCGCGAACAAAGAUUUGAACGGAGCUACGUAAAGUUGAUACUUCUGCACUUUAAUGUCAUUUGAAAGGCAAAUGCAUCUGACGGUGUCGGAAUGAGACAGAGGCCAUGUUGUUCCAGUUUUUUCCUCUCAGUUCACCGAGUUCCUGUACGGCCCUCUUCUCUCAAGGGUGAUGGAGUGCUGAGCAAAGUUCCAGGGAAACGUGCCUCUCUUUCCAGAAGUAGCAGUUCUGCUGUAAUUCUAACGCAAACAAACCUGCAUGUAUGUACUACGGAACUGUUCGCUCUCGCAUAGCAGGUCUAAUUCCUUGGGAAGUAUAGAGAUGAUUUUCGGAAUCUAUUCAAACGGAGUGAUGGUGCCAAAUGCGUAGCAACAUGUGAGUAAUAUCGGUGGAGGACAGAUGGAGACGGACGACAAUCUGUGAAUGGGUGAACGGAACAGACGGCGAAGAGUCGCGAAUAAAACUUUAAAUCUCUUCUUGUUCAGGUUGUACUUGGUGAUGCCUGAUAGCCUUCCUUCAUCUGAGGAAAAGGGGGGGGGGGGAAUUCCUAGCCCAAAAUAUCUCCUGUUAUUAUGUAUUAAAUUUUAUAAUAAAUUGUAAUAUAUAUUUUAUUAAAAAGACUGAAUGGGUUAUUAAAGGUUUUAAAGGCAUGAUUCCCCCACCAUUUUAUCACAAAAAUAUUAUGCAUUUCUGUAAACAUGUGAAUUUUUGUAUUAAUCUUUUUUUAAAGGCCAUUUGGGGUGGCAGUUCAAAGGGAACUUUGUAAUGACAUAAUGUCAUAUCACACUGUGAAAGGAAAUAAACAGUAUGUACAGUUUUAUAUGAACCUUCCACUAUAUUGUGUUAUAAAUAUAUAAUAAAGGCUUUAUAAUACUGCAUUUGGCUGUGAUUUCUGUUUAACCACUUGUUUGGUGGUUUCUCUCCAAACUUGUGCUGUGCUUUGAACCCUGGUUUGAGGUUUGAGUCGCUGCGCCUUGAACUUAUUUCUGUACUACCUAGUGACCCCCUUCUUUUG